CUCGCGAGCUGACCUGGCUAAAGUGCCGAUUUAUGCGCGAGGAAGCAUGUCCACCAAGAGCGAUGGCGGUUGAGACCUACGUGGCUGAAUUUUCGUCUCUCCACAGUCGAUUCCGAGCACUGCUGAGUAUGCACCACCGGCGUACGGAAGCAAGCAUAGUUCUGAGUGACGCGAGUCGGACGUCACACGUCAGUGAGCGCUUCUCGAACCCUUUUGCGUCGCUGUCGCUGUCUACCGAGGCGGUGGCGGGGCUCGAGACAUUGGCACAAACGCUCGUGGCACGGAACAUCGAGGCGUACGAACGACAUUUGCAUGAUAAUGGCCACAGUAACAAUGUGGACAAGGCGCGUUGGAAACUUAUGUACGAACAGGGGGGACUGCGGUCGUACGCAGAACGCAGCACCACUCAGUCAUUUGGUUUCGGAGCAGCAAUGGGAGCGGCUGCGGGGCAUUUAGACCGACGAGCUCCCGUCUUCACACAGUCGUCGACGAGCACUAUACCGUCGGUUUUAGUGGUCGGAGCGAUCGAAGGAGAACUGGACGAUACGAUGUACGGAUUCAUGUGUCCGACACUGGAUCAGAUGCGCGUCAAGACUUCUUACGUGCAAGACGGUCUUGUGCGUGGCAGUGUGCUGGCUACACUUGUAUCUCCAACUGUGGACGACCCGUUCACUUCGGUGGUCGUCAAGUGGAUGGAAAAAGGUCAAUCGAAACAUGCUCGAGCGAUGGUCAAGAACCGAGACUACGUUUAUCUCGAGGCUACAGGUGUCGACUACCUUCGCAACGGAGAGCGAGUGGGCUACCAGAUUGUGCACUCGAUCCAAUUCCCGGAGACCCCAGAGCGUUCAUCAGCAAUACGAGGCAAUAUGUCCAUCUGCGCCUUCUACAGACAGAAGAACAGCGACGAAACGGAUGUCUACGUCAAAGGAUUCCUCAAUCCUCUUUCUGGACUGGAGAACUCGAUUAUCACGCGGUCUAUCGCUCGGACGCUGCUCUCCGUGUCCAGAAAUGCUUAUUGCUGCCACAUGAAGAAGAUCAAAUGGGCAAUAAGACAGCGACAUCGAUCCGACAGACGACCACAGGCGGUGGACAUCGCGGUUGACGGCCCUUGUGUGACUUGUGGGAAAAAGCGCUCUGCUGUCUCCACUUUCCUCUCUGCUACCGCAAGUCGGAUAACUGGGGGCAGAAAUUUCCGCUGGCGACGUCGGUGUAAACUCUGCGAAUGCUACGUGUGUCCGGACUGUCGCAGCUUGCAUAAACUCACGUUCGUUCUCCCCGACCAUCGCUUGGUGCAGCAGCAGAUUGCGCUUUGUUACACGUGUCUGGAAAUCGCCCUCAGUGUAAAAGCUGUCGAUGUUGCUCGUGACGAACUGAAGCGAAGCCGCUGGUCGCUUUACGAAUGGAGAGAUACGUACGCCACCUCAACAAGCUCGAAUCCAAUCACGAUCAACGAGCUCAACUAG